AUGUCGGCCACUGACGAGAAGAACCAAUAUGACAUUGGCGGUGCUGAGUCGUCCACCCACGGCAUCAAGGACAUUGUCCACGAUAGGGGCAACGCCGUCGGCGAAGCUGCGGACCUGUACGGCGACGUUGAGACAGCCGAGCAGUACGGCUACGUUCAGCGUGGCCUCAAGUCGCGCCACAUCCAGUUCAUCGCUCUCGGUGGUACCAUCGGUACUGGUCUCUUCCUCGGAAUUGCCGGCGCUUUUGCCCACGCCGGUCCCCUCUCUGUCCUCCUCGGUUACACCAUCACUGGUGUCGCUGUCUUCGGAAUGAUGCAGUGUCUCGGUGAGAUGGCGACAUGGCUUCCUCUGCCUGGUGCUCUCCCCCAGUACUGCGCUCGUUACACGGAUCCCGCUCUUGGCUUUGCUGUCGGCUGGAACAACUGGUACCAGAGUGCCAUUACUCUCUGCGCUGAAAUUUCCGCUGCCUCACUUGUCAUCGGUUACUGGGACCAGGAAGGCAAGAUCUCACCCGCUGUGUGGAUCUCCAUCAUCCUCGUCAUCAUCAUCGCCCUGAACAUCUUCGCUGUCGGCAUCUAUGGCGAGGCUGAGUUCAUUUUCGCGUCGGUCAAGAUCAUCACCAUCCUCGGCCUGCUCAUCGUCGCUUUCGUCAUCAUGCUUGGCGGCGCUCCGGACCACGAUCGCCGCGGCUUCAGGUACUGGAAAGAGGGUGCGAUGAAAGAGUACGUUGGAACCGGCGCCACUGGUCGCUUCACCGGUCUUUGGUCCACCCUCGUUAACGCUGCCUUCUCGUACGGUGGUGUCGAGAUGGUCGCCGUCGCCGCUGGUGAGGCUGCCAACCCCCGCAAGAACAUUCCCAAGGCCGUCCGUCGUGUCUUCUGGCGUAUCCUGUUCUUCUACGUCCUGGGUACCUUCAUGAUCGGUGUCACCGUCUCCAGCAACGACCCCGCUCUGACCAACGCAAACGCCAAGGGAGCUCAGAGCUCCCCAUGGGUCAUCGCCAUGAAGAACGCCGGUAUCCCAGUCCUGCCCCACAUCAUUAACGCUGUCAUCCUGACAUCUGCGACCUCGUCCGGCAAUGCCUUCUUGUACUCUGGCUCGCGUUACAUGUUCGCUCUCGCCCAGAACAGCCAGGCUCCCAAGUUCUUGUUGAAGUGCAGCAAGACCGGUGUCCCGCUAUACUGCGUCUUGGUCACCGCUUCCAUCGGUCUCCUCACCUACAUGAGCGUCUCCACUGGUGCCAAUACCGUCUUCUUGUGGUUCCAGAACCUUACCACCAUUGCCCAGCUCUUCACUUGGUGCUCUAUCUGCUACACCUACACCCGCUUCCACGCGGCUCUCAUUGCCCAGGGCGUCGAACGCGACACACUGAUAUUCAAGAGCAAAUGGCAGCCGUACACCGCCUGGAUCGCCUUUGUGUACUUUGGUCUGAUCAUCAUCUUCAACGGGUUCAAGGUGUUCACCGAGACCAAGGGCGGUUGGGGCUCCAGCGAGCUGACCGACUUCUUCACGGCGUACGUUGGUGUCCCCAUCUUCGUCAUCCUGUACGUUUUCUGGAAGGUCUUCAAGCGUACCAAGUUCGUCAACCCUGCCGAGGCCGACAUCUGGUCGGGCAAGGCUGCUCUCGAUGCUGAGGUCUGGCCUGAGCAGAUCCCCAGGAACGCUCUCGAGAAGUUCUGGUUCUGGCUGUGCUAA